CCCCCACAGGGGACGAGACGACGAGAAGACCACGCCACACAGCUGCUCAACCCUGGAUUAGAAAAUUCCCCGUUUCAAAACACUCUCGCUUCGCGGAAGAAAAUCCGGCAGUGCGCGGUGCAAAAGUGCUUCGCCUCCAAGAAACCUUGCCCGCAUAAAACCAGCGAGAAUCGGAUCGCGGAGGAGCGAGAAUCGGACCGCAACAAAUCCCCCACACGCUCUUCUCGCUCGCUCGCGCAGGGGCAACCACCAACCCCACAGUCGUGUCGUCCCCUCACUCCGCCAGCCCCCAAUCUCGGCAAACCGUCGUCGUCGCGCGCGCGCGCGGUGGCCAUGACGGUCGCGGAGACCUCGCCUCCGGAGCCGCGGCAGCUCUGCCUGGCGGACCUAAAGGCCGUCUGCGUGCUCGGCCGCGGCGCCAAGGGCGUCGUCUUCCACGUCGUGCCCGGCGCGGACGGAGACUGCGACGGGUCCGCCAUGGCGCUCAAGGCGGUCUCGCGGGAGGCGGCGCGGCACAAGAAGUCCGGGAGCGGCGGCGGGGACGGGCACCGGCGGAUAUGGUUCGAGCGCGACGUGCUCCUGGCCCUGCGCCACCCGCUCCUCCCCGCCCUCCGCGGCGUCCUCGCCACCGAGGCCGUCGUCGGCUUCGCCAUCGACCGGUGCGGCGGCGGCGACCUCAACUCCCUCCGCCGCCGCCAGACCGAGAAGAUGUUCUCCGACUCCGUCAUACGGUUCUACGCCGCGGAGUUGGUGCUGGCCCUCGAGUACCUGCACAGCAUCGGCAUCGUGUACAGGGACCUUAAGCCGGAGAACGUGCUGAUACAGGACAGCGGCCACAUCAUGCUCGUCGACUUCGAUCUCUCCACCAGACUCCCGAUUCGGCCGCCGGAGACGGACGAGGCGGCGGCUGUUCCCAAACCGGCGACUGUCCAUAGCUCGCCGUCUCUAAACCACGGGAAGCCCAAGAAGCCGUCCGGGGCCGCCAUGUGCUUCCGGUUUCGUUCUGGUGGCGCCACGAAGCCGACCGUGUCAGCGGACUCGCCGUCGCCGCCGUCCACCUCGCGGACGGCCUCCUCGUCGUCCUCGUCCUCGACGACCACCACCGGCUCCUCCACGGUCUCUGGCGCGCGGACGCCCGCGAAGUCGAACUCGUUCGUGGGCACGGAGGACUACGUGGCGCCGGAGAUCAUCGCCGGGAGCGGCCACGACUUCAUCGUGGACUGGUGGGGCCUCGGCGUGGUCCUCUACGAGAUGCUGUACGGCCGCACGCCGUUCCGGGGGCAGAACCGGAAGGAGACGUUCUACCGCGUCCUGACCAAGCAGCCGGAGCUCGUCGGCGAGAAGACGCCGCUGCGCGACCUCAUCGCCCGCCUCCUGGAGAAGGACCCGGCGAAGCGCAUCGGCGCGCGCGGCAUCAAGUCGCACCCCUUCUUCCACGGCGUCGACUGGGACCGUAUCCUCCGCGUCGCGCGACCGCCGUUCAUCCCUUCCCCGCCUCAGGACGACGGUGGCGGCGAGGUGCUCGACGUCGAGAAGGUCGUCCACGAGACGUUCGCUGCCAAUGACGGCGAGGCUGCGGCGGCCGGGGACGAUCAGAAGCCUCUGCCCGAGGCAGGUGGGUGUGUCGCCGCCGCCGACGGUGAACGGAGAAUGGAUCCAUCCAAAGAUGGCGAUUUCUCCGUGUUUUUCUGAGCUGUUAUUAUUUGGUUCUUAUUUUCUCCUCUCCAGAAAAGUAGCCAGGGGUAUUUUGUUAAUAUUUAUUAUUUUUAUUUUCUUUGAGGAUAUCUAGUACUACUACCAGUGGGAUUAGUAGACGGAUGAGUACAUAUUUAAAGAGGUGCUCAUGUGUUUAACGGAGUAGCCCACACAUAAUUUUCCCUUUUCUUUUCGUCCACUUUGCUGGACGCUUUUCCCCGUGACAACAAGGGAUUGUUGAAGCGAGUACAUAAUGAAUAAUGAACAGUACAGGAGGUGCAAACUCCCCUUGCCAUGUGUUUUCA